AGGCAUAAUGUAUAAACAAAAUAGAAGUUGGAUGUAUGAUAAAGAUGCGGUAUUGUAUGGAAUGCAAUCAAAUUUUCUCGAGGGAGUCGAGGAAUUUAUUGAAUUUGCACUUGAACAUCCGGCUUAUAUGAGUGGUGAUAAAAUAAGAUGUCCAUGUUCAAAGUGUAAAAAUCUCAAAUUUAAAGACCCACACGAAGUUGGGUAUGAUUUGUACGCGGUCGGUUUUGUUCCCAAUUAUUAUAAUUGGACUUCUCACGGCGAACCACAAAAGCAGUCUACCAGGUCACAGAACCACAAAAGGCAGCAAUAUUACAAUGGCUUGCGUCUCAGAAGUUUCCAGAUGGCUACUGCUCCAACUUGUCUAGAUGCGUAGACAUGAACAAACUUACCACGACGGCGAGCAUGAAAACUCACGAUGCUCAUGUAAUAAUGCAAAGACUUCUACCAAUUGCACUAAAAGAGAUGCUUCCUGAACACGUAUGGUCCUGCGUUACUGAAAUCAGUUUGUUGUUUCAAUCAAUAUGUUCCAGCGUUUUGGAUGCGGCAUCCCUCCGGAGACUACAAGAGUCUGUUCCCAUUCUGAUGUGUAAUCUGGAAAAAAUAAUGCCUCCAUCGUUUUUCGAUACAAUGGAACAUCUUAUAAUACAUCUUCCGUAUGAGGCUUUGACUGCUGGGCCCGCGCGUCUUCUAUCGCUGGAUGUACAGAUUUGAAAGAUUUCUAGGAGAGCUGAAAAAGAAAGUGACCAACAAGGCACACGUUGAGGCUUCAAUUUGUCAAGCGUAUCUUCAACAAGAAAUCUCAACGUUCUCGUCUUUUUACUUCGAGCGUGACGUCAUCACCAGAAGGAAGAGACCUGCCCGG